UGUGUCGCAUGUGCAGGCAUAUUCCAACCUCCUCCCUUGUUGUAUACGCUUACAGCAAUAAAGUUAUCAAUCAAGAAGACAUGUAAGGAGAUCAAGAUUGGCGCAGCUGAUGUUUGUUUACGUCAGGUGACUGAGUGACGGAGUAAGGGUCUGCGCAGCCUGUCACACUCACCGACACGGCUGGCACACACACCCACACCUCACGAACACUAAGUAUUUUUUUUAAUUAAUCAAGAACUGACACGUACCUUGCAAUCAGCUGGUGUUGCUUAAUUAUCCUUUUUUGGCCAUUACUGACACCCACACACCGGUCUGGUGCUAUCCUUGACGGUUACCAGAGGAGUCAAGAGUCCAUCACUGAGGUAACACCAGCGAAAGACAGCAUUGACCGUGGCGAGCAACAAUGAUCAAGGCAAUCCUCGUGUUUAAUAACCAUGGGAAACCAAGACUGUCCAAAUUCUACCAGUACUUUAAUGAGGAGAUGCAACAACAGAUAAUAAAAGAAACAUUCCAGCUGGUGUCUAAGAGAGAUGACAAUGUUUGCAACUUUCUGGAAGGUGGCAGCCUCAUUGGGGGAGCAGACUACAAGUUGAUCUAUCGCCACUAUGCCACACUGUACUUUGUCUUCUGUGUAGACUCUUCAGAGAGUGAGCUGGGAAUCCUUGACUUGAUCCAAGUUUUUGUGGAAACAUUAGACAAAUGCUUUGAAAAUGUGUGCGAACUGGACCUUAUAUUCCAUGUUGACAAGGUGCACUAUAUCCUGAAUGAGCUUGUCAUGGGAGGAAUGGUUCUGGAGACUAACAUGACAGAGAUCAUCACAAGGAUAGAUGACCAAAACAAACUAGAAAAGCAGGAGGCUGGCUUGGCUGCAGCUCCUGCCCGAGCAGUGUCUGCGGUGAAAAAUAUGAACCUGCCUCAACAGAUUAAAGACAUCAAGCUUCCAGAUCUGCCUGCUGCAAUCAAGGACCUCAAGUUCUGACCUCCUCCACUUUCCUACUCCUUCCUCCCCACUGUGGGUUCCAAUGCUCUGCUGGAUGAAACAUUUAGCAGUCAUGAAUUGUAACUUACUUCCCCAUAAAUUCCAAGAUUAACAGACUCAUCAUCAUUGUUAUUAUGUUCAUCUCUUCCCUAACACAGCAAGUUAAGGAUUCGUUAAAGGAAAAAACCAACAGAUUAAAGGAAUGCUGCUCUGUAAAAUGCCUUCAUGGAACAGUCAACUGCUUACACCCAGUAACAAUAAGUCAUCAGCUGCAAACAUUCACAUUUUAGUGACUUUAUUAUAUUAACAACAUUAACAAUUUAAUGUUUUGUGGUUUCGAAAUCUCACCGGUUUUUAUACAAGUAUUGUGAUUGGCAUUUAUUAAUGAGCUCAAAUUCACCAGAAGUAUAUUUUGAUUGCCAUCUACAUAACUGAUUCAACUGAUCAUUAAGCUCAUGGUGUUGAUUGCAUAAUUUUAUGGUUUAUUUUGUUAAAUAAAGAAACACACUUAAAAGUUAUUAAACCAUUCACAUUCCUCAGAGAACCAAAAUCUAUCAAGGCUUUCAGAAAUUAUUUAAAAAUUCUGAAGAAUUAAAAUUUUGUCCCAUGUCCUUUUUGAGCAUUAGUGUGUGUAUGUAUGUGUGUGUUUUACCAGAGUUGCUUACUUAUUAUUCUCUUUUGUGACAUGGGGGGGAAGAUAAAUCUUAAGUAAGUGUUCAAGGUCAGAAACAAAGUAGAUGCAUUUGACAGUGAGUCAUAAUGAACCACGUCAUGCCCAGAUACACCACCUCAUGAAAAGCAGCAGUUCCAGCCUUGACAUGUGUACACGCACUACGUAUAUUUCAUGAUGUUUGUAAUUUUGUUAUAUAAAUAUUUUCAGCAAA